AACGUCGCCCGGACGCUUUCUGGUUUGCUUUUUAAAAACAUUUCCUGGCAAACAGUCAGGGAAGCCGACGGCAGCUCGCGCGGAGUGGCGGACGCGGAGUCUGAGUUCCGCCCCGCCGGGAUGAGCGCCUCUCCGCCGCCGGGCUCACCCCGGGUUUCCUUCGUUUCCAGUGAGACCCCCCCCUCCGGCCGGGAGACAGAUGGCCUCCGGCGAGCGAGAUGCCAUAUCGUGGUACCAGAAGAAGAUUGGAGCCUACGACCAGCAGAUAUGGGAAAAGUCGAUCGAACAGACUCAGAUUAAGGAAAUAAAAAACAAAAGACCAAACCGGUUAGGGCAUGUACAGUGUUUGCAAAUGCUUGAUGUUUUGUCUUCUUAUACCUUUAAAGGCUCAACAUUUGCCAAAGCCAAACCUGAAAUUCCGUGGACAUCCCUGACGCGGAAGGGGCUCGUGCGAGUGGUGUUUUUCCCGUUGUUCAGCAGCUGGUGGAUUCAGGUUACCUCUUUAAAAAUCUUUGUUUGGCUGCUACUGCUUUACCUCAUGCAAGUGAUGGCACUUGUGCUGUACCUGAUGAUGCCCAUUGUGAGUGUCAGCGAAGUGCUUGGGCCCUUGUGCCUUAUGCUGCUCAUGGGAACCGUCCACUGUCAGAUUGUGUCGACGCAGAUCGCAAGGCCGUCGGGAAGCAAUGGGAGUCGGAGAAGAAGAAAAUUACGAAAAACUGUGAAUGGUGACGGGAGCCGAGAGAAUGGAAAUAACUCCUCUGAUAAGGUCAGAGGAGUCGAAACUGUGGAACCCGGACCCUUCGCCGGUGGCUUUUGGGGGACUCUCUUUGGCAGCAGGACUAAAAGAGUAAAAUUAACAUGCAACAAAGAGACUGAAACCAACAAGGACACCGGCUACCUGCGUCCCAUCAUUAAGAAGCGACAAGCUCGACCAGAGGUUAAAACGUGGCCGACAGCAGAGAAGGCAAAGUUUUCCGACGGGGAGAAGUGCCGCAGGGAGGCUUUCCGGCGCGUGGGGAACGGCGUGUCGGAUGAUCUGUCGAGUGAGGAAGACGGGGAAGCCCGGACGCAGAUGAUGAUCCUGCGCCGGAGCGUGGAAGGGGCCUCGAGCGACAACGGCUGCGAAGUCAAGCAUAGGAAGUCGAUGCUUCCAAGGCACAUCAACUCUCAGGUAACGAAAACCACUACCAAGUGGUGUCAUUUUAUGCGGGAUUCCGACAGUCUGGCCGAGUCCGAAUUCGAAUCGGUAGCCUUCAGCCAGUGCUCUCGAUCUGGCGUGAGUGGCGGCUCUCGCAGCCUCAACAUGUCGAGAAGAGACUCCGAGAGCACCCGCCACGACUCGGAGACCGAGGAUAUGUUGUGGGAUGACCUGCUGCACGGCCCAGAGUGCAGGUCCUCCGUCACCAGCGACAGCGAGGGGACAGCGCCCACCCUGCACUCAGGGACCAAGCGUGACCCCAAAGAGGAUGUGUUUCAGCAGAACCACUUGUUCUGGCUUCAGAACUCAAGUCCCGCCUCUGACCGAGUCAGUGCCAUAAUCUGGGAGGGAAACGAGUGCAAGAAGAUGGACAUGUCUGUGCUGGAGAUCAGCGGCAUCAUCAUGAGCAGGGUCAACGCGUAUCAGCAGGGCUUGGGCUACCAGAUGCUGGGCAACGCGGUCACCGUGGGGCUGGCCUUCUUCCCUUUCCUGUAUCGCCUGUUCCACGCCAAGGGCCUGGACCAGCUCAAGUCCGUCUCGACCGAGGAGAUCUUGACUCUGUUUUGUGGGGCUCCGCCUGUCACUCCUGUUGUUGUUUUGUCCGUAAUUAACUUUGUUGAACGGCUGUGUCUUACGUGGAUCUUUUUUUUCAUGAUGUGUGUGGCCGAGAGAACGUAUAAACAGAGAUUUCUGUUUGCAAAACUCUUCAGCCAUAUUACUUCCGCCAGGAAAGCUAGGAAAUACGAAAUACCUCACUUCAGACUGAAGAAGGUGGAGAACAUUAAGAUAUGGCUCUCACUGCGCUCCUUCCUGAAGAGGCGGGGCCCGCAGCGUUCCGUGGACGUGGUUGUAUCUUCAGUCUUCUUACUGACACUUUCGAUUGCUUUCAUUUGUUGCGCCCAGGUUCUCCAAGGACAUAAAACUUUCCUGAAUGAUGCUUAUAAUUGGGAGUUUUUGAUCUGGGAAACAGCUUUACUGCUUUUCUUACUGCGCCUGGCCUCACUGGGGUCUGAAACCAAUAAGAAAUACAGCAACGUCUCCAUACUGCUUACUGAACAGAUUAAUUUAUAUCUUAAGAUGGAAAAAAAGCCAACCAAGAAGGAACAGCUUACUCUAGUGAACAACGUGUUAAAACUGUCCACCAAGUUGUUGAAGGAGCUGGACACCCCCUUCCGCCUCUAUGGCCUGACAAUGAACCCCUUAAUCUUCAACAUCACACGCGUCGUCAUCCUGUCUGCGGUCUCGGGCGUUAUAAGUGAUCUUCUAGGAUUUAAUAUUCGACUGUGGAAAAUUAAAUCCUAAGCUGAGCCAGGCGCCUGGACUCGCUCCCCUUGCUGGCGACACGUACCCACUAAGGAAAGAGAUGACGGAGAAACCGUGAGAUGCCACCGCCCGCUCUGCACGGAGGGGCCUCUGCGCGGCCUGGUCGCCCGGCGUGUCCAGCCGGGCGUGCGCGCUCGGAACCUGCUCUCGGGCUCCGGCAGCUGGACAGCAAGGACACUGGAGACUGUACGGGAGCACCAGGUCCGCUCUCCAAGUCAGGACACGUGUUCUGGACGUUCCCCGGAAAUGGUCUCCUGGGUAACUAUGGCGGGGACCCGGACCGUGACGCCAACAUGCUUUAUUGGAAAUAGCAACUUCAGUCCUUCCUAGUACGGGAACAGAAUUGGAGAUUACAUUUCUCCAGCAGAGAGAUCCAACUAUUUUAGGUUGAACUCAAAUAAAAGAACUUUAUUGGAGAA